GCCCAUAUAUCGACCACGCCCUCGACCACGCCCACGUGACCCGAAGCAGGGGUGUCCGCCCGGCCGGCGGCUCCGCUCGGUGCCCGUGAUGCUGUCGAGCGCCGGCGGCUCCGGGACCGGCCCCGGCGGGGCGGGCGCCUCCGGGACGGGGCUCGGCGGCGACGGCGGAGACUUCCUGUCGCGGUACCGCCUGGUGUCGGCCAAGCUGCGGCGGCGGUUCCUGCGGAAGCCCAACGUGGCGGAGGCGGCCGAGCAGUUCGCGGCGCUGGCGCGGGAGCUGCGCGCCCAGGAGAGCCUGCCCUACGCGGCGUGGUGCCAGCUGGCCGUGGCGCGCUGCGCCCAGAGCCUCUUCCACGGCCCCGCCGAGGCGGCCGCGCUGGCCGAGGCGGCGCGGCUCUUCCUGCGGCAGGAGCGGGACCUGCGGCAGCGGCUGGCGCUGCGCGGCGGCUUCGGCGAGCACGUGGCGGCGGCGCAGAGCUGCGGCGCCUUCGCCGCCCGCCUGCACCUGGAGCGCGGGCAGCCGGCGCCGGCCGCCGGGCCGUGCCUGGAGCUGGCGGCGGCGCUGCGCGACACGGGCCGGCCCGCCCGCGCCGCCGCGCCCCUGCAGCGGGCGGCCGAGCUGCUGGCGGCGGCGCGGCUGCCGCUGGAGGCGCUGCGCUGCCAGGCCGAGCGCGCCUCCUGCCUGCUGCUCGGCCGCGACUACGCGGGCGCGCUGGCGGCGCUGACGCGGGCGCAGGCGCUGGCGGGGGCCGGGGCGGCGGGCGGCGCCUGUCCGGAGCUGCUGGCGCGCUGCGAGGUGUCGCGGGUGCUGCUGCUGCUGCUGCUGCAGCCGCCGCCCGCCAAGCUGCCGCCCGAGCACGCCCGCACGCUGGAGCGCUACUGCUGGGGCGGGAGUGGCGCGGGGCCGGGGCCCGGGGGCGGCGCGGGGGCGGCGGGCGGGCCGCUGCCGCCGGAGCUCUUCCUGCUGCUGCAGUCGGCCGUGCUGGCGUGCCAGGAGAAGGAUGCGCGGGCGCUGCGGGCGCUGCAGGCCGAGCUGUGGCCGCUGCUGGGCGCCGAGCAGAACCAUCUGCUGCACUUGGUGCUGCAGGAGACGUUGGCGCCCGCCGGGCAGGGGCUGUGAGCGGGGAGACCGGGCCGUGUCCCGAGCAGCCGGCGUCGAAGGCUUGACGCCUCUCGGAGCAGGGGCGAAACACGCCUUGAAGCGAGGGGGUUCGGUUCUUGCCCUCCCGAACGCGAGAGGUGCCGUGCGCGAGGCUCUCCGAGGGGUC